AUGCUGCGACACAUUCGCAUGACCUGCAGCACUGGCACUGAGCUUCUUCCGGCACGUUUGUCGCAGAAACUAUGUGAAUGGGUGCAACCACUGUACGCCUUUACCGUUCAGCACCGCGUACCGAGACCUGGCGAUCCCUAUCCAAUAUGCCGCUGCCGUUAUCCUCUUUACACCCUAUGCUAUUCACAUUUAUCGCCAUACGAUAAGUUGCCAUCUAGCGGCGGUAGUCAUCCAUUGGCAUCCUCUGUGUUUUCACUGCUUUCAGACGCUCCGACGAACACCACCGUCGUGCUCCCUAUGGAGAAGGCACCUUGCACCAAUGUGAAAUCAUCAACCGUAGGUGGUAACCAAGGACCUGAAAGGUUGGCCGAUAUUACUGGAAAUAUGUCUCCACAGCUAACUGUUCAGAACCGACAUCGACCGUCAUUGCGGAAGAUCUGGCGUAAACGGAUGGCAUCCAUUAUGAUCCAUCCCAACAUUAUUCCUAAUCGACCGACGUGCUACCGUUGUGAUAUUUGUGAUGGGUUUGUAAAUAUGAAAAAAUACCAUGAAGCUGACCGAAACGAGGUGACCAGUGAGUCUGUGACUUGUGGAGGAAGUGAGGAUCUUGAGGGGAUUCAAAUAUGUCGUGAAGCAACGAAUAGUUUAAUUGAUAGCAUUGCGUCCGCGGUCUCAUCAAUUGUACCCAAGGAGACUUUGACUAAAACCUUGCUUAAUAAAUCAUUUCAAAAAGUUUCACUUGCGGAUGCUGGGGCUACUAACGAAGUGACGAAGCGGGGAAACCUUGACGAAGAGGACAAAGCGAUUGAUAGGGAACAUGACAUGCGAGCAGUAUCUACGGACAUUGCUAAUACCAUCAUGAACGAUACUGAUGUGGCUGAGUUACGCUACUUAGACCCUUUUCUUGUUGAAGUUCUCAGCUCCCCUUCAGUGGUCUCGUUGUCCCGAUAUUUCAUUCGUGAGGUGCAAGCCCAGCUCAAACGAUUUGACCUGACGUAUAAUUCCCUUAUCAGAGGCAUUAAGAAUACCGUAGAUGUAUCAGGAUCCCACGCGAUCGCGUAUGAAGCAUGGAUCCGACAAAAACGGCAGAGCAGUAAGAUGCUUUUGCGGGGCCAACCCCUCUCCGAGGCUGCACUAGGACACUUUCAGACUCAAGUGAACCGGCUUGAUUUGUCUGCGUACGCGGUGCGGUUUGCCGUCGCGGCUUAUGGCCUUCCAUAUGAAUUGGGUUACUUCAAUUCACCUAGUGACAUUGUCAAGUUACACGCUAGCCCGCACAGCCGUUACGCAUGUGCCACUUCCGACGAGCAAAUUGAAUCCAUGAGACGCAUGCUACAAGGUGAGGAAGUGGAUCACCAUAUGGAGUUUGCAAGGAGUCGCUUCUCAACUCGCAUUGGUCAUCCCAGUUAUGCGAUUGUGUUGGAUCAUUCGAAACGACGUGUGGUGCUGACUUUUCGUGGCUUGUUGACGUUGUCAGAUAUUACUACAUGCAUGAUGGACGGCUACAAGGAAGUGGAUCUUUCCCAACCAGAGGCAGUGGGAUGUGUGAGUCCUGAGUUUGGUGAAAAUGUGUUGUGUGGUCAAUCAGCGGACUUGAUCGCAUUGGAGUGGAAACAAUCCAGAAAGGUAAGUGUAGAUAAUAGGUCUGGUGUGUCACUCAAAGAGAUCACAGAGGCUCAGUGCGAGGGAGAAAGCCUUCUUACUCGGAUUCCGCUGGGAUUUUAUCGAGCCGCCAGAGAGGCGGCACAUAGUGUGCUGCCUGCGUUGCGUAUUAUACAUACUUAUUAUCCAAACUACCAACUUAUCGUUACCGGACACUCCUUUGGAGGUGCCGUAGCCGUGCUUUUUUAUUUAUUCUACUGCUUUAAGCCCAAGGCUGUAUCGACUCCUCAUGCAGUGUCUUUCACAAAUGUGCAGACACUUACUUUUGGCGCACCACCUCUCAUAGAGAAGAAGAUAUUGCGAAUUCUGAAUUCCCAUCUAGUUCGUGAGAGGGAGCGUGUGGGGAGCCGCCUUAUUAACUUUUGCUACGGAAAGGAUUUGAUAUCGAGGCUGCAUCCACGUUCCAUUCACAAAAUACUGACUAAACAACAUUCAUUGUUGUCUACGCAAUGUACUAGAGUUGAACAAGUGACCGGAAAAAAAUAUACAUCCCGAAAGUCUAUCAACAGGAACUGCGAUUCACUAGACCGGAUGCUACCGACGUUUGCUGUACCAGGAGAGUUUCUAAAUAUAUCAGAUAGCUUUCCCCAUGAUUGCUUUGAAGUAGAGGAUAAUGAUACAUGGCGUUCGCAGUUGAUUUUUUUGCCUGAGAGUAUUUUUCAUCAUCAUCCAAUUCAUUACAUGCGUGGUCUUAACCACAUGUUGACGUAUUGUUCAAUGCAACUAUUAAAAGCAAGAGAUAGGUUCAGUAAGAAUUCUAAUACUGUGUGA